CACUAUUAACUACUUUUUCUUUGAUCGUCUUUUAUAAAUUAUACAUAACAAAAAAUAUAUUCAGCAUAUUAUAUUUUUUUACGGAAGAAGAAUUAAAUUUAUUGUUCGUUAAACUUCUACAUUAACAUCAUGUUAAAUGAAAUAGGAGUAUUAAAUAGACUAGGGGUAGUCGAUACAAAAAAAAAAAAAACUUAUGAAUUUCCCAUUUGAAUGUAAAAUAAAUGAUUCUUUGGAUCAACCUUGUCUUUUAUUGGGUCACAGAAGUAACAACAAUCCAUAAAUUCUAAAUCAUAAUUAGUCCAAGUUGAAACUUGUAAGCCCAAAUCCAACAAAUAAAAAACAAGGACCCAAAUUAAUAAGAUUGGACCCCCAGAAAUAAUAAAAAAAAAAAAACCAUGUUCCCUUCUUCCUUCGUCUCCUCUGAUAAUGGGGACCCAUGAUGCGUGAGCGUGACAACGUGCAGGUCCGACAGCUGGGCUGUUAAUGAGUGGUGAAAUCAAGUCCUGGAAAUUAAAACUUCAAGGACCGCUUCUUUUGGUGUUCAUCCUCUAAAUUAAACCGUUACUAUCAUUCCGUUUUUAUUUAUUUUAAUUUUAAUUCAAGAAGUGGACAACCACGAUUUUUUUUAAAACACACAAUCUCUCCCUAUUUUUGUAAACCCCUCCUUCUCUUCCCUCCUUCCUCUCCCAUUUCUCAUUUCACUCUUCUUUCACUUUUCCAACCCCCGCUUUCUCUCUCCUCUUCAUAACCUAAGUUAGUCGUAUAAGAUGGCUGAUGUAGAGGAUGUUCAACCACUUGUGUGCGACAAUGGAACUGGAAUGGUUAAGGCUGGAUUUGCCGGAGAUGAUGCUCCAAGGGCUGUCUUUCCUAGUAUUGUGGGACGACCACGACACACUGGUGUCAUGGUUGGUAUGGGCCAAAAAGAUGCAUAUGUUGGAGAUGAAGCCCAAUCAAAGCGUGGUAUCUUGACCCUGAAAUACCCUAUUGAGCACGGUAUUGUCACCAACUGGGAUGACAUGGAAAAAAUUUGGCAUCAUACCUUCUACAACGAGCUUCGAGUUGCUCCUGAGGAACACCCAGUGUUGCUUACAGAAGCACCUCUUAACCCAAAGGCCAAUCGUGAAAAGAUGACUCAAAUUAUGUUCGAAACUUUCAAUGCUCCUGCCAUGUAUGUUGCUAUCCAGGCUGUUCUCUCCCUAUACGCCAGUGGUCGUACUACUGGUAUUGUUUUGGACUCUGGUGACGGUGUCAGUCACACCGUUCCCAUCUACGAGGGUUAUGCCCUCCCACACGCUAUCUUGCGUCUUGAUUUGGCUGGACGUGAUCUCACUGACCACCUCAUGAAGAUUCUAACUGAGAGAGGGUACUCUUUCACCACCUCUGCUGAACGAGAAAUUGUAAGGGAUAUAAAGGAGAAGCUGUCUUACAUUGCUCUUGACUAUGAGCAGGAGCUCGAGACUGCCAAGACUAGCUCUUCAGUUGAGAAGAACUAUGAAUUGCCUGAUGGGCAGGUUAUCACCAUUGGGGGUGAGCGUUUCAGAUGCCCUGAAGUCCUCUUCCAGCCAUCCAUGAUUGGUAUGGAAGCUGCUGGUAUUCACGAAACCACUUACAACUCCAUCAUGAAGUGUGAUGUCGAUAUCAGAAAAGAUCUGUAUGGAAACAUUGUUCUUAGUGGAGGAACCACAAUGUUCCCCGGAAUUGCUGAUAGGAUGAGCAAGGAAAUCACUGCUUUGGCUCCUAGCAGCAUGAAGAUCAAGGUUGUCGCUCCACCUGAGAGGAAGUACAGUGUCUGGAUCGGAGGGUCCAUCUUAGCAUCUCUCAGCACAUUCCAACAGAUGUGGAUUGCGAAGGCAGAAUAUGACGAAUCUGGUCCAUCAAUUGUUCACCGCAAGUGCUUCUAAAUUCUUUUCUGUUGGAUUAUAGAGUUGGAAGAAGUAUAAUCUUCCCAUUGGCGCAAAGAAAUUACAGCUUGAAGAUAUAUUUUUUAUAUGACCGAGUUAUUUUGAAGUUAUCAUAUUCCCAAGUUUAUCGUCAUUGUUGUUGAGACUUGGCCUUCAAAGUCCGGCCAGAGGAAGAACCAAAAAAAUAAAAAAAAGUUAACAAA